ACACGCGACUCGAACGCGCAAUCUUCAGAGCCGAAAUCUGACGCCUUAGCCAUUAGGCCAAUGGGCCCUCGCUUUGUUGAAAUUGUGACAUGAAACAGUCUCUAAGAAGGGAUAGCCUGGCAAUUGUACAACCAUGCGGCAAAAUUGGCUGGUAUGGGCUCUGUUGAUCUGUUUACAACUUCAACCCCUCCCCCUCUUUUGUUCCUUAUCCUUCUUCCUUCCCUCACGAUUGUCUCAUUCGAUUCUCGCUCUUCUCUCUCAAUAUCAUCUGUCUUGACAACCAAGAGUUCAUCACAAUUGUCUUGUAAACUCUCUGGAAACCCAAUGCCUCGGCUCGCGACAUCCCUUGCAAAACAUGACGGAAAUAACGACUAUCCUGGAUGCGACGCUGUUUCAAGUCGAAACAUGCCUCCCUUGUCUAUCAAUGGGGAUUGAACCCCCACUUGCCGUCGGCGUUCCUGGGAUCGAAGCUUGACUCGACUGCGCCUCUUCCCCUCAACGGCACAAACAAGGCAAUUCAGGGUUCUCUAAUACACAACUUUUGCAAAUUG